AUGCCGGCGCUGCGAAGCACCAUCGACCGUCUGGACAAGCCUAGCUCAUACGCGACUGCCAAAAAGCGGAGAAGAGAUCGCAACCGCGACGAUGACAUUGGCCGCCGCUCUGCCUCCCCCGAAGAUAAGCUCAAGGAUGCGACAACGCUCUACGUCGGCAAUUUAUCCUUCUACACAACCGAGGAACAGAUACACGAACUCUUCAGCAAGUGCGGCGAAAUCAAACGCCUAGUCAUGGGCCUCGACCGCUUCCAAAAGACGCCGUGUGGCUUCUGCUUUGUCGAAUACUAUACCCACCAAGACGCGCUGGACUGCAUGAAAUAUAUUGGUGGGACUAAACUCGACGAGCGCGUUAUACGGACAGACCUCGACGAAGGUUUCGCUGAAGGCAGACAAUACGGUCGCGGCAAGUCUGGUGGCCAAGUGCGCGACGAAUACCGAGCCGAGUUCGACCCAGGCCGAGGCGGUUAUGGACGUGCGGUGGACGAAUACCACGAGGCGCAGUAG